AUGCGCAGUGGGCUGGGCGGGGGCCCGUGGGCCCAAGCUCCCGGGUGGCGGGCGCACACAGCGACCCCUGCGGCCUCCCGCGCGCCUGCGCCUCUUCUCCAAUCAGCGCCCAGCGCCCGGGUCGAAGGGGCGUGCCCUCACCCGCACGCGCUGGGGAUCGACCCCCCCCCGGCCGGCCUGGGCCCGCGCAUGCGCGCCGGCGGCCCGGGGGAGGAAGCUGCCUUGCCUGUCGCCUCCCACGCGCGGCCGAACGUACCCACGUCCCGGCGCGCAUUCCUCCGGCUCCUGGCCUCCCUGCCCGCCUGCCUGCCUGCUAAUCCAGUAGCGGUGGCGGUGGCGGCCGGAGCUCGGCCCUUGCCGAUGACCUUAGUCGCGCUGGGAGCGCUGCCGGCCCGGGAGCGAUGCCUUGAUUGGCUCAGUAAGACCGCGCCGCGCUGCCCCCAGCUGCGUGUCCGUGUCGAGGGGCACGGUUUCCAGGCCGCCUGCGCCUGCGGUCACGCGUGUGCACCGCACUUGGCUUGUGGAGGGGGUCCCGGGGCAGCCGGCCUGCAGGAGGGGGGACCCCUCUCCCUCCUCCGCGGGGGCGGCUGGCCGUGCGCUUCGGAGGGCGGGGUGACGGCAGCAGGGCAGCCGCAGUACCGAGAAGCCCCUCAGGUGGCGCUGUUGGGAGCAAGCCGACUAUCCUGCAAACACGAGCGGCACAAGACCAGAGAUGAUGUGUCCUUGGGAUUUCAGGCGGCAGAGGGGGAUCUUUCGCUUUGGCCGGGCCGAGACGGGCCUGUAAGUUGUCAGCUGCUGGAGGGGGCGGCCUUGGGAUUCAGGCUGGGGCGAUUCCAGGAGACCCCGCCCUCCCCACCCGCAGGCUGCCUGUCUGUGACAGUUCACCCAGCGCUGUCGAUGCGCUUCAGCGUCCUCGGGGUCGACCUCUCCUGCGCCGAGCCGGUGGAGCCUGCCUUCUGGAAGAGGCACCCGGACAGCGCUGGCCUGCUGGUUCCCUACAGUAAAGCUCCGGACGUCCCGGUGCAGGGUUGUGCCCACCCCGUUGCGGUGGUUGCCAGAGCAAUGGACGGAGGCUUUGCAGAGAGGCUGGAGCCCAGCGUCGCCGUAGAAGGAGCGGCCAUGGAGACUGAGGAGGGGCCUGCCCCGGCCCCGGACACCCCCGGCUUGGGGGCCACAGAGGGCCAGAACCCCGGCCAGGGGCCCCACGAGCUGGCCAGCCCCCCCCGGCCCGAAGCUGCACCGAUCCAGAUCGCCGGGAGCUCAUUCUGUGAUUCGUGGAUAUCCCAGUCUGCCUCUUUCCCGCGAAAUCAGAAGCAGCCAGGUGUCGAUUCUCCGUCUCCAGCAGCUUCCUUACCGAAAUCCGUCUUUCCGCCUCCAGCCGUGCAGCAGUCCUCCAAGCCCGUCAAAGUCACCUGCGCGAACUGUAAGAAGCCCCUGAGAAAGGGGCAGACCGCCUACCAGCGCAAGGGCUCGGCCCACCUCUUCUGCUCCACCACCUGCCUGUCCGCCUUCUCUCACAAGCCUGCGCCCAAGAAGAACUGCACCAUGUGCAAGAAAGACAUCACCAGUAUGAAAGGGACGAUUGUGGCGCAGGUAGACUCGAGCGAAUCCUUCCAGGAGUUCUGCAGCACGGGCUGUCUGUCAUCGUAUGAAAAUAAGCAGAAUCCUCCCAAAAGCACCGUCAAGACCAGGUGCACGGUCUGUGGAAAACUGACUGAGAUUCGCCACGAGGUUAGCUUUAAAAAUGUCACGCACAAGAUAUGCAGUGAUCACUGCUUUAACCGGUACAGGAUGGCGAACGGCCUUAUCAUGAACUGUUGUGAGCAGUGUGGAGAUUAUCUACCCAAUAAGGCUUCAGCAAACCAUUUCCUCAUAAUUGAUGGGCAGCAGAAAAGAUUCUGCUGCCAGAACUGUGUCAAGGAGUACAAGCAGACACAUGGCAAAAUAACGUGCUGUACAGGAUGCAGAACUCCAUGUAGAUUUUUCGACAUUACUCAUUGCAUAGGAUCCAGUGGUAACAUGGAGCCCUACUGCUCUACAGCGUGCAUGAACUCACACAAGUCAAAGAACCCCAGACCUGCAGGUACGGGUGCCACACCUUCGUGUCAUUUCUGUAAGAGGAGUGCGCUACCUCAGUUUCAAGCCACAAUGCCUGAUGGGAAACUUUACAACUUCUGUAGUUCUAACUGUGUGGCAAAGUUUCAGACACUGAGUGUUCAGACCACGACAAACGGACAACCAGCUCCCUCCUCAAACAAUAUCCAGCUGAAAUGUAAUUAUUGUAGGGGAUCAUUCAGUUUAAAGCCAGAAACACUGGAAUGGGAGAAUAAAGUCUAUCAGUUCUGCAGCAAAACCUGCUGUGAUGACUACAAAAAGCUGCACUGUAUUGUUACGUACUGUGAAUACUGCCAAGAGGAGAAGACUCUUCAUGAAACGGUAAAAUUCUCAGGAGUGAAGAGACCUUUCUGCAGUGAAGGCUGCAAGCUGCUUUUCAAACAGGAAUUCGCGAGGCGUCUGGGCCUCAAAUGCGUAACCUGCAACUACUGCUCCCAGAUGUGCAAAAGAGGUGCGACUAAGGAGAUCGACGGAGUGGUGCGAGACUUCUGCAGCGAGGCCUGCUCCAAGAAAUUUACGGACUGGUAUUACAAGGCUGCCCGCUGCGACUGCUGCAAGGUGCAGGGGAACCUGACGGAGUCGGUGCAGUGGAGGGCGGAGAUGAAGCACUUCUGCGACCAGCAGUGCCUGCUGCGCUUCUACUGCCAGCAGAACGAGCCCAACAUGUCCACGCAGAAGGGGCCCGAAAACCUGCCUUUCGGCCAAGGCACUCAGACACAAGCAAGCAAAACUGCAGUGUCGAAUCAGGUUUCAUCGGUGUCGUCUUACUCCAGUUCUGUGGUGAGGGAGAUGAAGAACAAAGCCGUGCUGUGCAAGCCCCUGACAAUGACGAAAGCCACCUACUGUAAGCCGCACAUGCAGACCAAGUCCUGUCAGACAGAGGAGGUGGUGAAGACGGAAUAUGUUCCGGUGCCGGUGCCCGUGCCCGUGUACAUUCCAGUGCCCAUGAACAUGUACAGCCAGGCCACGCCCACCCCCGUCACCCUUCCUGUUCCAAUCCCAGUGCCAAUCUUCCUGCCUACUACCCUGGACAGCGCAGAGAAGAUUGUACAGACAAUCGACGAGCUCAAGGCCAAAAUUCCCCCCGAUCCCAGAGAGGCCGACAUCUUAACCAUGGCCGAAAUGAUCGCUGAAGAAGAUGAGAAACCGGGCUGUACAGCUGUGAAAAGUGAGAAUGAGAUGAGUGAAGGGGGCAGUUCUGAUGAGAAGGAGGAGCCGGAUGAUUCUUACGAACCAGACCUGGAUCUGGAAAAUGAUUUUCCUAGAGCUCCUGACCCGGUUGUGGAAGAGCUGGACAGCGCUUUUAUGUUGCCUCUCGUGCUGGGGGAGGAAAGCGAAGAGAAGCCUCAACCUCAGGUUAAGAAGAAGGGACAUAAGAGAAGAUUAGUUUCGGAUAAUUCCCACGUUGUCAGACCCGAUACCCCGGACAACUCAUUUGCCUUAAAGUCCACAUACGGGGUGAACGCCUGGAAACGCUGGGCGUCAACUGCAGCUGAGAGCACCGAGGAUGAAAAAGCAAAAGAGCUGAAGCAGACGAGGCCAGUGAGGUUAAAAAGAAAUCUCCUGUCCCAUGCUGCGUCCGAACUGAACUAUGGGCUCUCUCGCUUCGUCAGUGAGGUCCGGAGACCAAAUGGAGACAGUUAUGCUCCCGAUAGUGUUUUUUAUCUUUGCCUUGGCAUCCAGAAGCAUCUGCAAGAAAAUGGAAGAACAGACAGCAUCUUCACUGACCCUUACUAUCAGUUAUUUGGACAGGAGCUAAACAAACUCCUCAAAGACUGGCAGCCAAGUGUUCUCCCCGAUGGUUCCUUAUUCUGCAGAAUUGAGGAGCAGUACUUGUGGAGUAGUAAACAGUUUGGAGACCAUUCGCCCAUGGUUUUGCUGUGCACUCUGGUCUAUUUUAACACUAAGUAUUUUGGCUUAAGAACAGUGGAGCAACACUUGAGGCUGUCCUUUGUGAACGUUUACAGACAGUGGAAGAAAAGCCCUCACUCGAAAGAAUCCGCUGUCCGCGUUCACAUACCUUCCAUCUUCGAAGAUGACCUAGGUAAUCCGGAACAGAAGACCGACAGGAAGCGCAGGGAGGAGGCCGGGGACCCGGACUGCGACCCGGGAGAGGGCUCGGGCCGCGGGUCGCGCUGCCCGGUCAGAGCGCACGAGCGCCAGCUGUACGAGCUCUACCUCUCGAAAUGUCCAGGAAGUCUUAAACAGAGAACAGACACGUUUUAUAUGAAACCCGAAAGUUCCAGUUGUCCGGAGAGCCCGUUGUGGUACAGCACUACACCUUUGGAAAGAAGCACCUUGGAGAACAUUCUCGCCCGUAUUCUGCUCAUCAAGGAGAUUUACAACGAGGAAGACGCGUCGGAACCGGAGGACGACAGCGAUUAAAAGCCCAGGACUCUUGUGACUCAAGCCAGAAUCGACAGCAUUAGAAAGACGUGCUGCUUUACUUUCUUAGGGAAAUUCUAUACAAUAUCUCAGCUCCAUUCACAUGUAGCAUUAUGCCCAGAUUGGGUAAAGAUCUGUAAAUAUUUUUUUAAAGCAAGGGAGAACUUUGUGUUAUCCGUAAUGAUUUUAGCAUACUUAAUUCUCCUUACUGAAGCCUUUUAAAAACUGUAUUUAUUAAUUAGGUUUAUUUGUAACUUUUUACAUUUACUGGAUGAGAAUGUGCCAUGUGUAGCUUCUUUCUGCCUCCACUCCCCUCCCGACUAAAAGCAUUAAAUAUGGCUGCAACUACAGCGUAAAA